AUGUAUAUCUUUGACCUUAGGGCAAACCAUUUCUGGAUUGGACUGAACUGUGACAAACAAUUUCUGUACCGGUGGGAUCACUGUGAGGCUGUUGAUAGUUCGUCCUUUACAUUCUGGGAUGAUGAAAAAAAGGAUCAGACAAAACUUUGUGUUUAUGCUGAAAAGGACACAUUGAAAUGGUUCAGCGAAAAGUGUGACAGCAGUGGCUAUCAGUAUCUGUGCCAGAAAGACACGGGUCCCUGUACUUAUACAGAGCACACUGGGACGUGUUCGGGAUCUAGUCAUGAGGAGACUUCUGACAAUGCUGUUGUGGAUGUCGCUGAAUGUGAAGACUUGUGUAGUAACACCACAAAGGACGAGCUAGCGUGUUGGAUGUACAGUUACGACAAUCCGACCUGUACACUGUAUUUCGACAAGGACCCACGGGCAUGUACAAAACCUUCAACGGACGCUACAACCAAGACACGGACCUGCUUUACAUGUGUACACUGCAAGUAUCACCAUGCCAACUACUCCAACUACCCCAGUCACUACAAGUAUCACCAUGGGAACUACUCCAACUACCCCGGCCACUGCAAGUAUCACCAUGGGAACUACUCCAACUACCCCGGCCACUGCAAGUAUCACCAUGGGAACUACUCCAACUACCCCGGCCACUGCAAGUGUCACCAUGGGAACUACUCCAACUACCCCGGCUACUGCAAGUAUCACCAUUGCAACUAUUCCAACUACCCCGGCCACUGCAAGUUUCACCAUUGGAACUACUCCAACUACCCCGGCCACUGCAAGUAUGACCAGGGCAACUAUUCUGGCCACUGCAAGUAUGACCAUGGGAACUACUCCAACUACCCCGGCCACUGCAAGUAUGACCAGGGCAACUAUUCGGGCCACUGCAAGUAUCACCAUGGCAACUACUCCAACUACCCCGGCCACUGCAAGUGUCACCAUGGGAACUACUCCAACUACCCUGGUCACUGCAAAUAUCACCAUGGCAACUACUCCAACUACCCCGGCCACUGCAAGUAUCACCAUGGGAACUACUCCAACUACCCCGGCCACUGCAAGUAUGACCAUGGGAACUACUCCAACUACCCCAGCCACUGCAAGUAUCACCAUUGGAACUACUCCAACUACCCCGGCCACUGCAAGUAUGACCAGGGCAACUACCCCGGCCACUGCAAGUAUCACCAUGGCAACUACUCCAACUACCCCGGCCACUGCAAGUAUCACCAUGGGAACUACUCCAACUACCCUGGCCACUGCAAAUAUCACCAUGGCAACUACUCCAACUACCCCGGCCACUGCAAGUAUCACCAUGGGAACUACUCCAACUACCCCGGCCACUGCAAGUAUCACCAUGGGAACUACUCCAACUACCCCGGCUACUGCAAGUAUCACCAUGGGAAUUACUCCAACUACCCCGGCCACUACAAGUUUCACCAUUGGAACUACUCCAACUACCCCGGCCACAGCAAGUAUCACCAUGGGAACUACUCCAACUACCCCGGCCACUGCAAGUAUCACCAGGGCGACUACUCCAACUACCCCGGCCACUGCAAGUAUCAUCAUGGGAACUACUCCAACUACCCUGGCCACUGCAAGUAUCACCAUGGGAACUACUCCAACUACCCCGGCUACUGCAAGUAUCACCAUGGGAACUACUCCAACUACCCCGUCCACUCCAAGUUUCACCAUUGGAACUACUCCAACUACCCCGGCCACUGCAAGUAUGACCAGGGCAACUAUCCUGGCCACUGCAAGUAUGACCAUGGGAACUACUCCAACUACCCCGACCACUGCAAGUAUGACCAUGGGAACUACUCCAACUACCCCGGCCACUGCAAGUAUCACCAUUGGAACUACUCCAACUACCCUGGCCACUGCAAAUAUCACCAUGGGAACUACUCCAACUACCCCGGCCACUGCAAGUAUGACCAUGGGAACUACUCCAACUACCCCGGCCACUGCAAGUAUCACCAUGGGAACUACUCCAACUACCCCGGCCACUCCAAGUUUCACCAUGGCAACUACUCCAACUACCCCGGCCACUGCAAGUAUCACCAUGGGAACUACUCAAACUACCCCGGCCACUGCAAGUAUCACCAUGGGAACUACUCCAACUACCCCGGCCACUCCAAGUAUCACCAUGGCAACUACUCCAACUACCCCGGCUACUGCAAGUAUCACCAUGGCAACUGAUCCAACUACCCCGGCCACUGCAAAUAUCACCAUUGCAACUACACCAGCUACCCUGGCCACUGCAAGUAUCACCAUGGGAACUACUCCAACUACCCCGGCCACUGCAAGUAUCACCAUG